AUGAAUUCCGCUCCCGCAGCCCUCGAGGACCAAUCAAAGCUUCUUGAGGAAGCGCUAAAUGUCGUUAAAGUUCAGGCUUUUCAGAUGAAAAAAUGCUUGGACAGUGGAAAACUCAUGGAUGGGCUAAAGCAUUGUUCAACGAUGCUAGCAGAAUUGCGGACCUCGGCGUUGACCCCAAAGAACUAUUAUGAACUUUACAUGGCAAUUUUUGAUGCUCUGCGACAUCUUACUAAUUUCCUAAAUGAUGCGCAUGUUUCGGGAAAGAAUCAUCUCGCGGACCUUUAUGAGUUGGUACAAUACGCUGGGAAUAUUAUCCCACGUUUGUAUCUUAUGAUUACUGUUGGAAGUGUUUACAUGUCUCAAAAGGAUGCACCGGUCAAAGAAAUUAUGAAAGAUAUGAUGGAAAUGUCUCGGGGUGUUCAACAUCCGACACGUGGUUUAUUUCUGAGGCAUUAUCUGAGUGGGAUGACAAGGGAUUCUUUACCUAUCGGAAAUGAUAAUGGCCCCCGUGGUAACUUACAAGAUUCAAUCGCAUUUAUUCUUACCAAUUUUAUUGAGAUGAAUAAAUUGUGGGUUCGUCUUCAACAUCAGGGGCACUCUAGGGAUCGGGAGAAAAGAGAAUCGGAACGAAAAGAAUUGAAGAUUUUGGUGGGAACAAAUUUGGUUCGUCUAAGCCAACUGGAAGGCGUUGACUUGGCGUUGUAUCAACAGACCAUAUUACCAGCCAUUCUAGAGCAGGUCAUCAAUUGUAAAGAUGUCAUUGCACAGGAAUAUUUGAUGGAAGUCAUCAUACAAGUAUUUCAUGACGAUUUUCAUUUACGGACACUUGGACCAUAUUUGUCCGCCACUGCUCAAUUACACUCAAAAGUUAAUAUAAAACAGAUAGUGAUUGCACUCAUCGAUCGCCUUGCCGCAUACGCUGCUCGUGAAGCAGAUUCGGAGCCACCAGAAGUGAUUAAACGACAAGAAGAAGAAGCCGCUCGACGUUUGGCCGAAAAAUUGAAAAAGCAGAGAAGAAGUGGAUACAGUGAUGACAAGGAGGAGUAUAAGAAUCAACAAAGUGACGAUGAGCAAACGACACAGGAACCAGCAGUGAGAAAGUUCCGUGGCAUCCCGGAAGAUGUUAAAUUAUUUGAAGUAUUUUGGGGUCAAAUAGUGGAUUUGGUUAAGGCGCGUCCCGAUUUAUCAAUUCAGGAUAUCACCGCCUUACUAGUAUCAUUGGUUAACCUGUCAUUAAGUUGCUAUCCUGAUAAGAUAGAAUAUGUCGAUCAAGUUCUUGAAUUUGCUCAUCAAAAAGUUUUGGAUUUCCAUAGCAGUCCUGACCUACAUAGCUCCGCCUCUACCUCCAAUUUACUCAACCUCCUCUUGGCUCCAAUUAACUCUUACCUCACAGUACUUACAAUUCUUGCCUUACCUAAUUAUGCUUCACUUAUUUCCCUUCAACCGUUCCCAACACGUCGUACCGUUGCGCGCGCCAUUGUUUCCUCAAUCCUUAAGAAAGAAACACUCAUUGAGACUCCUGAAGAGGUUAACGGUAUCUUAGACCUGUGUAAUGUUCUCAUUCGAGAUCAAAAAGAUGCGACACUCGCAAGUCCAUUUAGUGGGCUAACUAGCGGAAGGAGCACAAGAUCAGGCGGAACUUCACAAAUGAUGGAUCCAGAAGAAUUUGCCGAAGAACAAGGAUGGCUUGCAAGAAUUAUUCAUCUGUUUAGAAGUGAUGAUCCAGAAAAUCAAUUCAUGCUUCUUUCUACGGCUCGCAAACAAUUUGUUGAAGGUGGAGAAAGAAUAAGAUACACAUUCCCGCCCCUUGUAAUUUCGGCAUUUAAGUUAGCAAGAGUUUAUCAAAAACUCGAAGAACAUGACGAUAGCUGGGAAAAGAAGAUUUCCAGGCUUUUCCGGUUCAUUCACCAAGUUAUUUCUAUGCUUUAUAAUAAAGUUGAAUGUUCCGAUAUAUGUUUGCGAUUGUUUCUGCUCGCGGGGCAAAGUGCCAACGAGUGUGGGUUCGAAGAAAUGUGUUACGAAUUCUUUGUACAGGCAUUCACCAUUUACGAAGAGUCUAUCUCCGAGUCUCGUGCACAAUUUCAAGCUGUUACCCUUAUCAUAGGCACCUUACAAACUACUCAUGUGUUUGGUCCUGAAAAUUACGACACGUUGAUCACCAAGUGUGCUUUACACGGUAGUAAAUUGCUCAAAAAGCCGGAUCAAUGUCGUGCUGUUUAUCUUUCCAGCCACUUGUGGUGGGCUACCGAAACCGAAGGAGGAAUACACAAGUCAGGAGAGGAGCUUUAUCGUGAUGGUAAACGAGUACUCGAGUGCUUGCAAAAAGCUCUCAAAAUAGCAGACUCUUGUAUGGAUUCUGUGACGAAUGUGGAACUGUUUAUAGAAAUCUUAAAUCGAUACAUAUAUUACUUUGAAAAGAAGAACGAAGCCGUCACUGUUAAAUAUCUUAAUGGUUUAAUUGACCUUAUCAACACCAACCUUAUAAAUAUGGACAACCCCGAUCAACAUCCCCCAACAUCUGCUUCGUCGACUCUUGUAGAACCAGAAGGUGAACUUUCAGAAUUCGUAGUCCGACAGUUUAAAUCCACAUUGUUUCAUCUUCAUGCACGUAAAGAAGCCGUGCUUUCAGCUAGAGCGCAGGGCGAAUCCAACCUGCAAAGAUACGACGAGAUCGACAUAAACAUCUCAUCUGAAAGAUAA